CCGCCUCCCUAUACAGCCGAGCUGUCGGGUGGUGUAGUGGCCAGUUGGACUAACUGUCCGUCAGAUCACUGCGCUCCACCGUCAGACCCUCCCUCUCCAGAGUAUUAUCAUGUGUGAUGUUAACCUGUGCUGAUGAGUGGAACAAUGGAUGGAUCCACUAUUUUCAUCGCCGUCCAGAAAGUGUACUACCCACUGCUGUGCAUCGUGGGUAUUCCAGCUAACCUUUUCACUUUCUACAUGAUCCGCUUCCGUAAAUGUGGCAUGUCGGCAACAGCGGUCAUCUACCUGAGCUGUUUGGCCAUCAUGGACACCUGCUACCUGGUGUGGGUGAUCCUGCUGGACCUGUGCCUCACCUUCCUGCAGCUGCAGCCCUUCUGGCACUCGCACCCCUGGUGUGGCAUCAUGGGUAUUCUGCAGUACGGUGCUCUGUACAGCUCCUCCUGGAUCGUGGUGGUGUUCACCAUCGAGCGCUACCUGGUCCUGAGCGUCACGGCCGCCACACAGCGUUUCACGCGCCCGCGCACCACCGUGCUCACCUGCGUGGCCAUCGUGGUGGUGUCGCACCUGGUGUCCUUGCCCAUGGGCUGGAUCAACGAGGUGACGCCGGUCAACCAGACGCUGGACACGGGGAACGUGACGCUGCCGCGCUGCCACUACCGGGAGGCCGUCUACUCCACCGUGAUCGUGUGGGUCACCUCCUUCCUCUCGGCCGGCGUCCCCAUCGUCCUGGUCAUCAGCUACAACUCGCUCAUCGCCUACCACCUGUGCCGCUCCAGCCGGCUCUUCACCCAGGAGGAGUGGCGCACUAUCCGCGGCUCCAACACGCAGGGCAUGGUGCGCCGGACCAUCAUCCUCCUGGGCACGGUGUCGGUGGCCUUCGUGGUGCUCAGCCUGCCGCGCUUCGUCACCUACUGCAUCCUGCGCACCCAGUACAACCACAAUGACUUUGACCGCAACGACUACGCGCUCGCAAUCAACGUGGCCAGCGACGUGGCCAACAUGCUGCAGAACCUCAACUCCACCACCAACUUCCUGCUGUACUGCGUGGUCAGCCGCCGCUUCCGCCAGGAGCUGCUGGGCACGCUGACCUGCAGGGUCAAGGCUCAGGAGCUCAGCUCGUUCAUCACACAGAACACCAUGAAAGUCUUCGCCGUGGCCCAUCACAACAGCAGGAGCCCUGCCAGGGAGCCCAUCCAUGUGGUCCUCACGGAACACAAGCGAAUAGAGUCGUUUUCACACUGUGAGAGACCGUAGGGUCUUUUUGAACAUUGGGAGAGACCAUAAGGGACAGUGUGAGGAAGACUCUCAGGAACUGGAUCAAUUUUCAGCUGAUUAAAAAAUGGAAGAAAAAAAAUAAAGUUAACAGCAGAUUAAACUAUCAGUGUUGAUAUUGAUUGAUGUAGUAUUUAGUAUUGAUUUAGUAUGA